AUGACUUCAAUAACAACUUCUACUAUACCGAAUAUCAUCCAAUCAAAUGUCGAUAAAUAUGCGGAGGGAAUACAACAUGCUAAAAAUGCAUUACGAGAUAUGAUGGAAUUGGUCAAUAUGCCCGAUUUCGAGAAUCGUGAGGGAUGGAAGCAGAAAAGUGCUAACAAAAAUGAUAUUGUUUUCUCAAAACAUUAUCCAAUAGGAAAAAUUUUCACUAUGAGGACCGUAUUCGAUUUUCCACUACAGCCAUCUUUUGCGGAACAUUGGGAAAAUUUUGCUGAAAUUGCGAAAUACAAUAAAAAUAUCUCAAGUGUUAAGAUUAUUGCUGAAUUGGCAUCCAAUAUGGAUGUCGUUUAUUAUGCAAUGGAAGAUUUUGCAAAGAUCAAAGGCCGAGAGUUUCUGAUGUGUCGUACAUUUCACAGUUCCGGUGAUGAAAUUCUUGAAGCGGCACGAAGCUUUGAUUUCACGGGCGCUGAGUGUAAUCCCCGAAAAAUUCGAGGGCAUGUAAUACUUGCCGGUGGACGUUUUCGGGUUUGUCCUGAAGAUUCUGCAAAAGCAGUUGUGGAUUACGUGAUGUGCGUGGAUUUUAAGGAAAAAAAUAUCCCGAAAAUUAUUAUGGAUGCUACAAUAAGUACACUUAUCAUGCAAGAUGCCGAAUAUACUCGGAUACAAAUUAAAAAGCUGAAAGAGGAAGCGGCAUGA